GGCAUUGCAGCCUCCUCUGGAAAGAAAAGGCCGGCGGUUGUUGUCAAGGAGCAGAUGGGUGAUACCGAGAGAUGGGUGGAGGGGACUGUUGAUGGUGACGGCAGGCGCAAGAGGAGCAAGGCAGGGUUCCUUGCCGCCGAAGCAGCUGGAGGGACCGGGAACAGAAAGUUUGCAUGCCCCUACUUCAAGCGGAACCCAAGAAAGUAUCGGAAGUGGACCUCCUGCCCCGGGCCGGGAUGGGACGAGGUGCACCGGGUCAAGACUCAUCUCUACCGGAGACACCAGCUUCCGAUCCAGUGUCCACGAUGCUGGGAGGUGUUCAAGGCGGACAGCGCACUCCAAUCACAUCUGCAGCAAGACCCUCCAUGUGCCAUGCAGGAAAAGGGCACCCUCUACGAGGGCUUCACCAAGGACCAGGAAAAGAGGCUCCGAAGUCGAAAGAAGACUCAUCCCGGGAUGACCGACGAGGACAAAUGGAGAGAGAUCUUCAUGAUUUUAUUUCCGGAUGACGACCCGAAUUCUGUUCCGUCGCCGUAUUACAGCGAAGCCGAGGACGAAGGGGAAGGUGGGAGCCUGCACGGCGCCGGAGAACUCGAGGACUACGCCACCUUUAUCCGCCGAGAGAUGCCCACGCUGGUGCGGCGAGAGCUGGAAGCCUUGUUUCGCCAUGAGUUCCAGGACAUUGAGGAACGAAUCAGACCGCGCGUCGCUGAAAUCGUGCUCAACCUGCAGCCGAGGCUGCUCAGUCUCUACAAACAAUCGCAGACGCCGCUGAGCGAGUACGGCCCAGAGCAGCCUGGAGUCACUUCCAGUGGUGGCGAGCUAUCCCUUGCCCCACUGCUGUCGGAUGGAUCAUGCGCGGCAACAGGGACCAGCUCGACACCCUCGACCACGCUCAGGGCUGACAAUUGGUUCUCAGAACCCAAAGCUCAGCUCGGAUUACACGGCAGUGGCCUGGAUUCCGACUGGGUCGCCAAUGACGCUGAGCAUUGGGACCUAAUACAAGUCCAAGGGACGGAUAGUAGUCUUGGACUGGACUGGGACUUCGAAUUCGACAACUUGCUCAACCCUGCGUUGUUCAUGCCACCAUCAGAGGAGAUGCAACCAGGAUCCGCGGGCGAGAUGCCAGCCUAGGGUAGGUAACAGUAGGACUAAGCUAGGUACUAUGACUCGAAUCGGGGCGCCUUUGGGCUGCCACAAUGCAGGCAAAUAGAUUUGCACAAAUGGC